CUAAAGCUUCUCUAAAGAAUCGACACUCUGAAAAAUUAAGAAUCAGCGCCUGGAGACUUCUAAGGAACCGAGACAAACAUCUCUUCUAUGCGAGCUCUUGUGAAGAUGGAUCGCGGGAACAGGUUGCUAACCGCAUAGAUUGGGGACUUCAUUAUGCAACUAAUCUUUGUGGUAUCAAGAAUUCUGCUCUCAUGUCACAGAGAGAUCGAUUUUCAAGUACUAAAGUUUGGACUCAGGGGUUAGCGAUCUUUCCAACCUUUAAACAACAUGAAGACCUUCAUUACAUGGGAUUCAACAGAUGGAAGCAGUCUUCCACAGGCAGCAAACUAGACAAUAUACGCUCGGAGCUCCAGGCAUUAAUCGCAGCCCAAUCACCACCCGAUGUUGUCAUAGAAACUUUCAGCAAGACCCUUUCAACCGAUUCUCGGCUUAUAGUGAGAUCCAGUGCCAAUGUCGAAGACUUAGUCGGUAUGUCAGCUGCUGGUUUGUACGAAUCAAUCCCAAAAGUCAGCCUUUCAAACCCGAGAAUCUUUGGUACCGCUAUUGCUUGGGUAUGGGCUUCUCUCUACACAAGGAGAGCCAUUUUAAGCUGCAAAGCUGCUGGUGUUUCCCAGAGGAAGGCAACAAUGGUUGUUCUAGUGCAAGAAAUGCUAAUUCCUGAGCUUUCCUUUGUGUUUCACACUAUUAGCCCAACUGAUCGAGAUCCAGUCUGUUGAAGCUGAGAUUGCUCCUGGGUUAGGAGAAACUCUUGCCACGGGGACUCGAGGUACUCCAUGGCGGCUUUCGUGUAGGAAGUUCGACAGCAGGGUCAGUACUUUGGCUUUUGCCAACUUCAGUGAAGAGAUGUUGGUGAUGAACUCAGGACCUGCAGAUGGAGAAGUGAUGCAUUGUAUUUUAGACAGUAGUUGGUGAUGUACUUUGGAUUUUCUUCAAUUCAGUGACUUGCACUUUUUAGAUAUUUGAGACAUUGUAUUUUGGAUAUUCUUUAUGUUUGUGAUUUAGUUGUUUAAAAAUUACUACUCGCAUUUCAUUUUAGUAAAUUUUUUGUUUUGCCUUA